AUGGAUCGUGAUUGUAGCAGCAGUAACAACCUCGCUACCAAAGAAGCUAAAAGUUUUUCAACAAUGUUGGUAGCAUUUGCAUUGGGAAGAAUGUGCAAAAGAAAUGUUCUCUCAUCAUCAUCAAUCUCAAUUUCAUGGCAAAAGCCUCGAGGAUUAUAUUCUGGAGCAGCAACAGCAGCAGCAGCAUUGAAGUCAUAUUCUGAUCAGCAAUCGUUAUCGAUUUCGAAAACUUCAAAUUCACGGCUAUCAAAAUAA